AUGCGUUGUGUAUUGUUGAGUCUAUUACUACUAACAGCGUCCGCAGUCAUCAGUUUCCCUCAUGUGAUUUCCGCCGUAGAGAUCCAAGUUGGCGAGUUGAAGACAAAGAUCUUGAGUCUCGAAGAAGACGAACGCCAACUCCAGACGGCUUUGGAGGAGAAACUUGCAGAGAACAACCAACUCCGCGCAGUUGACCCCGAGUCAAACAACUUAAUUGCCAAACUGAAGAACGUCAUUUUAAUGAAUCACUUUGAAAAGGAAAAACAUUUGAAAGAAGCAAGAAGUCUCUUGGCGGGACUCCCGGAGAUGUCGCAAAGUCAUAUUAUACGACAACUUCAUAUGGAAAGGUACUUUAAAGUGUAUCCAUUCAUCGUACCAAAUAUCAGAAAGGAGAUUCCUAUCAACAGAGACGACAACCGAUUCAACGUGACACUCAGACUUGCAUUGGCCUCUGGAAAUAGAUAUGACGUGACCAUCGAGAAGUUCAAAACCGCGAUGAACGACGCGAUUAAUAACAAAGACAGUUACAUUGAAACACAAGAGAAGUUGAUCAAAGAAUGGGCGAAUGAGAUAACGGAAUACUCCGAGAACGAGAGAUGCUUCUUCGAUGUCAACGACUUCAUUAAUCAAUAUAAAAAUGUGAUCACUCAGUUACUGAAACAAGAGGCCGUCGAGGCGGAAAAGGUCGAUAAGAACAGAAGAGAAAUGAAACUCAAUUUGCAAAGGAAGUAUACUGUUGUAUCCGCACAACUGAAAAAGAUGUUGCCGAACAAACAAUAUGAAGAUGAGGAGCUCGACGUUGUGAGAUAUUUGGUGAAUGAGACUGAUAUCGCUAUUCAAAGAUUCGGAAAGGAAAUAACCAAUGUUGAGUCAUCACAACAAUCAAAGCAAAGAAACUUGGAGGUACAAAAAUCUGUUGCGAACGCUGUCGAACAGAGCAACGUGUUGGAUCAGUCGGACGCUUGCAAGGAAUAUAGAAAGAAGCUUCAUUUGCCUAUGAGAGAAGUGAAGGACAAAAUCAUGAAACUUGCGUUCCUCCAGAAGCUCACAGAGAAGCAGAUCAUUAUCGAACAACUCACGUCGUAA